GAUGGAACGGCGUCGUCUGCUCCCAGCUCUUCACUUGCUUCUGGUUGAAACGAUGUCGUGCCACCAGCUCGGUAGUGUUCUUGCCUUAGAUAAAACCAGAGCAGCUACAUCGUCUUCUUCAAUAAAGCAAGCAGGGCAGAUGGGUCUUGGACUCAGUUUUAAAGGGAAACGAGACAAAAGGUAAAUAUUCCAAGUCGAAGAUCCUCAUCAACAUAGAAUAGCAAGCCAACAAAUAUCAAACCAACACCAAUAAUGCACAAGAAGCAAGAUCAAUUGGUUAUACAUAAUACACAAACCACGCUGCUUUGCUCUGGAGCGAGAAAGAAAGAAAGAGCAAUCACCAAUGGCAAACACACCAGCUCCACACAUUCUUGUCAUCCCAUUCCCAUCCCAAGGCCACGUAAUCCCACUAAUGAAGCUCUCUGUCUGCCUGGCGACCCAAUUUGGGUUCAGAAUCACAUUCCUCAACUUGCAGUCCAAACAAGUCAACGAUGGGAAUCCCAUCAUACGCAUGGUUCACAUCUUUGAAGGCGAAGGGAACAACAAGUCAACACAAUCGGUGCAGAGUUUGAUGCCUGGUAGAGUCGAGGAGCUGAUUGACCAAAUGAACGCCACGGGAAGCGACGCCAUCACCUGCGUACUUGCCGACCAGACCAAUGGAUGGGCUUUUGAGAUCGCAGUAAAGAGAGGGAUCACAAGGGUCGGGUUCUGCCCUGCCGCUGCUGCCAUGGUGGCCGUGCAGUUCAGCAUCCCGAGGCUCAUUCGAGAUGGGAUCAUCGAUCAACAAGGCGCUCCAACCAAAGAUGACCAAACGGUCAAACUCGCACAGGAAAUGCCAGCACUGAGGCCGUCGGAGUUCGUAUGGAACUGCUUCGGCGACGACAAUACUAGGAAGCACAUGUUCGAAUUGGUGCUCAGAAGCACAGAGUCAAUGAGGUCGGCGGAUUGGUUGCUGUGUAACUCGGCUCACGACAUCGAGCCCGGUUCGUUCGGUUCGAUCCAAACCCUCUUACCGAUCGGCCCCCUCGGAUCGAUACCCUCAUCAUUUGGAAGCUUAGAAGGAGAGGAGGAUCAAGUGUUGUUGAAUUGGUUGGAUCAACACCCGCCCGAUUCGGUCAUUUACGUUGCAUUCGGAAGCACCACCCUGUUCGACCCAUCCCAGCUCGAGGAACUCGCGCUCGGGCUGGAACUCACGAACCGCCCAUUUUGCUGGGUGGUUAGGCCCGACCACAUAACCCCUGAGAUAGAACCAGUUCUGGAUAGAGUGGGUGGGCCGGGGAAGAAACAGGGGAAAAUAGUUAGUUGGGCGCCUCAGGAGAAAGUAUUGGGGCAUCCAUCGGUGGGUUGCUUCGUGAGCCACUGUGGGUGGAAUUCCACCAUGGAAGGGUUGGCUAGUGGAGUCCCGUUCCUUUGCUGGCCUUACUUUGCGGACCAAUUUCUGAAUGCGAGCUAUGUCUGCGACGUUUGGAAGGUUGGGUUGAGGCUUGAGAGAGAAGACGGGAAUAGGAUGAUGGUGGUCACCAAGGAGGAGAUUAGGAAGAAGGUGGAUCGGCUGGUUGGGAGUGUAGAGCUGAAGGAGAGGAGUUCGGAGAUUAAGAGGAUGGUGAGGGAUAGUGUUGGAGAAAGGGGCAGCUCGACCCAGAAUUUGAUGAAAUUUGCGGAAUGGGUUAGAGGUUUGUGAUUUUUUUUUAAGUAAAAGUACCGGAGAAAUUAGGAUUUGGUUUAGUGGUAAUAUCAUUUACCAUUUCAUUCGAAUUAUCAUGAUCUUAAAAACGAUUAGGAAUUUUAUUUAGUCUAUCUCCACAUCAUAUAUAUGAUAAUUUAUUGGGAUUCAAAAUCUAAAAUAUGAUUAUCGCAUAACUUAUUACUAUGAUAUAAGGAAGCUACCAAGUUGAGGAUUUGGAUAAGAAAUAUUUGUUGAUAUUAAUGAGAUUAGGGUGCGAACACUUAACUAUUAUAUAUAUACUAGCUUUUACCCGACCCGUUGGUCGGAGGAAAUUCGUUUUAUUUUGUAUUAUUUAUGUUUAUCAAUUUAUUUAUAUAUUAAAUGCAUUGGAAUUAUUUGUAUAGUUUUUACUUGAUUGGAAAGUAAUAUUAUGUUACUUGUUCUUAUUACUCGUAAUGACUUCAUAGUUUAUAAGGUCAUCCUAUCUUAUUCUUAUGAGUCUUAUCCAUGCAAUUUUCAUAUUUUAGAAGUGACGGUCAUCCUAUCUUUACUCUUAUCCAUGCAAUUUUCAUAUUUUAGAAGUGAUUUUUGUCGUUACCACGAAAAUUAAAUGGUUCAAAAAGGUAUUUAUUCAUAACAUUUGAUCUUAUUAACUUGAUAGAUAUUACCAACAUAUUAUAACUUCAAAUACAUUAGUUAUUGACCCCAAAUUAUAGUAAUAAAAUAUGAAAGUAUCAAAGAAAGAACUUUCUAGAAGUUAAUUAAAAUAUUACAACAAUUACUAUAAUCUACCUAGUCAAUAAUUGAGUGCAACCCCAAAUUUACCUUUGAUCACACGGACAAUCUUAGACAUUGAAAUAACCCAAAUCAACACCGAUGCGGAUGGCAAAAAUAUCCGUAACCGUGAAUAUCCGCCCGAAUUCGGCCUAAUUGGGUAGGGUAGAACCCGAACCCGAAGGACAUUUAGUGGGUUUGGGUAAAAUCCGAACCCGAAUAUUGCGGGUAAUGGGUGGGCAUGGGUUUCUCACUAUCCAACCCGAACCCGCCCGAUUAUACAAAUGUAUAUGUGUUCUGUUUAGAAAUAAUCAUUUUUUCUCUAACAUAUUUUAUAUUUAGCAUAUAAAUAUAAUAUUUUCAUGAAAUUGUGUUGUUUUAAUUAAUUUUCUUCAUUCUAUUGAAUUAUUGUCGUACUUUUCUUCUUAUGUAAUGUGAGAAUACGUGUGAAUGUUAACAUAUUGGUUAUAGUAAUGAAGAAAAAUCAUUACCCAUGGAUAACCGCGGAUACCCGAAACCCGAACGGGUAUGGGCAUGGUUUUAAUUUUCUACCCGUUUCACAUGUGAGUAUGGGUAUGGGUAAAACCCGAACUACUUUGGGUAGGAUAACGGAUAUGCACUAUCCGUCCCCGACCCGACCCAUUGCCAUCCCUAAACACCGAUGCUUCCUAUGUCUAAUUAAAUAAAAUGUAAAUUGUGACAUAUUUUCAAAAUAAAAGAACAAUAACAAUUCAAAAAUGACAUUGUUAAAAUCUCAUGAGUUUCUUUUUUCCAAAGUCGGUAUAGAGUAAGAUGAACAUUAUGUGACAAAGGAUGUGACAUAAGCUCCUCUUAUUUUUUAGAAGUGUGACCUCUUGCUUGUAUUGUUGUGCAGCAACAGGGCUUAAGUAGCAUGGUGUUGUAGACGGACCAAUAUAUCAGCUGUUGCAACAAACAUUGCUGCUGUAAAUAAGAGAAUCGAGUCAUAAGAGAAAAAGAAGCAAUGGAUGAUUUGGUACAAAUUGAAGAAGCUUAAUAUAAGUUUGACUCAAAUGAAAGACUGACAUAAUAAUCCGAGUAGUGACCAUUCUGGCACGUAGGCAACAGGCCUACGAAUUCAUAAGUCAUUCCUGCUAAACUGGGGGCUAUCUAGGGCUUUAUCGGAAUUUCUCAGUUCCCUUAAACGUGAAUUGACCUACCUCAAAUAGGGAAGCUUGUCAAUCCCAUUCAAUAUGCUUUUUUGUAGAACGUCAACUUGCUUGCACAAAUCUUCAUUUGUAUUUCGUAGCGCAUAUGCUUUCUCUAAUUUUCCCGGCAGUGUCACUCUGCUAUAAUUCAAAAGGGAAAAACACUACAAAAAUUCAACAGCAAAUAAUCUUUACCUCAAAGACAACAGAAAAAGACAAAACUGAGAGCGAUCAUAGAAUUGCAAUUCCUAGGUUGGAUGCAAGAUAAACUUCGACAAACGAAAGCUUAGCAACUCCAGGAUUUUACAAUAGGUAAAGUUAGUUUCUUGUUAAUACUAUAUAUUUUCUAACCAUCAUAGAACUCAGCUUCGCCAUUCAGACAGAAAUGACGAAAAAUUUAAGAUUUUGACAUACAUUCUCGGUAUAUCAAACUUUCUAAUAUCCAAAUCAUUUCAAAAGUACUUGUAGUAUGAAGAAAAAUUUAACCCUCAGAAGAAAGCAGUAUACCCUAGAGGACUGACUUAAAAGACCUUGCUGUUGUACCAAGUCUAAUUGAUAGAUAAACUUACAUUCAGAAAGCAUGCAAGGAUAAGACCAUAACAGAGAAAAACAGGCUGAAUCAAACCCAGACAAUAUCAAGACAAAUUGAAUGGUCUGGACUUUCUUAUAUUUGAUCAUGCACCAUCUAAUUUUUGUCUGAUUCUGAACAGUAACAUAUACACGCUCGCUAAACACUACCUACUCUCAAUUAAUCACAACCCUAGAAAAGCACAACUUCAUUUUAAAAACCAUGGUUAAACCUCACACUAAGCAUCUACAAAAAGGGUGAGAAGUACAUUGCUUAUAAUGAAUUCAUAACGGCAGCCACUGGAUUUCGUGGUAGAUCCAAGUAGCACAACUUGCUUAUAGUUGACAAAUACAUCCUACAUCUUACUGGAAGUAUUUGGCAUUUUGUGUUUAGUUAAAGCAAAAGCCUUGCAAGGCAAAUAAUUAAUGUUUUUUUUUUUUUGCCUUCAUGCGUUCUUAAGUUCCUUUGCAUAGGGUUAAGAGAUCAUCUUCCUUAUAGUGGUUGAAUGUAGGAUUUUAAUACUGAGAGCUAGGAUAUCAGUGAAAAAAAGCACAAUAUCAAUCAUGUCCCAUACUCAAGAUUAUAAAUAAAACAAUGGAAUCUGA